AACAUUGUUACAGGGAGUCGAACUUUUCUGACAUUUACCAUCAAGACCUGUGGUGAACAUGAGUCUGCAGGCACCGAGGAGUUGUAGCCUGAGAUUAGUUGAGCAUUUGUUGUUGGAUAUGAAUGCGUUUACAAUUACAGUAUUACUGUACGGGCAGCAGUGAAAACCUGAACAAUCCUCUACAGAGAUUGUGUUCACUUGAAAGCCGCUCUUAGACCCGUGGACGGUCCCCGGACCCCACUUUGGGAAACCCCCCUCUACUUCCACCACAACCUCCUUAAACUUGGUGAAGAGCAUCAGUCCCUGCAGCAGACGAGGUGAGAGCACAGACUGACUUUAAAGACAGUAGUUGGAGCAGCCAAGCGAAGUGAGAAAAUACCAAACAGAUAAAAAAGCGCAGGUGUGUCGGAUGAAAGAACAGCUCACAUCACGCUGUGGAUGAUUUGUGAUGGAGUGGCGUCAGCAGUCCUCUGUCAGCUGCGACGAAGCCUACUCAGAGGCGCAGAGGUGGAUUGAGGCAGUAACCAAGAAAAGAUUUGGGAGUAACGACUUCCGAUCAGCGCUGGAGAAUGGCGUUCUGCUGUGUGAUCUGAUCAACAAGAUCAAGCCUGGUAUUGUCAAGAGGGUUAACAGGCUGCCCACACCUAUUGCUGGACUGGACAACCUUAACGUCUUCCUCAAGGCCUGCGGGAAGCUUGGACUAAAGGAAGCACAGCUCUUUCACCCAGGAGACCUUCAGGACUUAUCCACAAGAGUUACAGUCAAGCAUCAAGAGACCCAUAGGAGGCUGAAAAAUGUGCUGAUCACCAUUUACUGGCUGGGUAGAAGGGCUCAAUGUGAGCGUUUCUAUGAUGGACCUUACUUGAAUUUCAAGGCAUUCGAGGGAUUAUUGGGCACAGCGCUAUACAAGGCUCUCCAGGAAUCAUCCAGUCAGAAGGGCAGCAACGUCAGAGACAGUGGUUUUGGAGAUAGCUGGUACUCAGAGCGAGAGGAGCUCAAUCAACUGAGAGGAGGAGGAGGAGGAGGCGGACACAGGAGAGAAGACUCCCUGGACAGUUUGGACUCUCUGGGUUCCCGACCCCACAGCAUCUCAUCUGACACCACUCUUAAAGGAAGCAGUGAGGGUUGUUGCAGUGACACUGAGGCAGACUCUGUCUUCAGGAUGGCUGAGAACAAGGACUCGCUCAGUUACCGCCGGUCUGUAGUCAUCACACCCAAAGUCAGCUCCCAGUUUAACCAGUUCCUGCCCACUAAAGACAAACCCUCAGGCUAUGUGCCUGCUCCACUAAGGAAGAAACGGGCUGAGCGCAAUGAAGACAACCGGCGCAGCUGGGCCAACACCAUGUACACAGAGGAGGAGGGCACUCUUACCAGACAGCGCCAAAUGCGAGAGAGUAUCGACGGGAGCAAAUCAACAAACGAUAUUCUGGCUGAACCCACCGCCGUCCGACAAUUUUACACCGAAGAGCUGCAGAAGUAUCGUGAGCAGAUCAAGGAGAGUGAGGAUAAAUGGCAGGAUGACUUGAGCAAGUGGAAGAACCGACGCAGGAGUGUCAACUCUGAUAUAGUGAAGAAGAAAGAGGAAAGGGAGAAGAUAGAACAGAUCACAUUCGGCGGCAGCAACAGAAGGUCCAAGACCUUCAAGGAGAUGCAAGAGGAGAGAGAAAGUAAAGGAGUGAACAGCAUUGGCAGUCGUCUUGGGUCUCUCUCUUACAACGACGAAGACGUAUUUGAGACACCUGUCAUUUCCCCUCGUACCCGAACCCUUCCUGCCAGGAGCUACACUAUUGACACUCCACACUAUUUCUCUGACCGCCCUGAGCCUUCUCUGAAAGAGGACAAACCCCCCGCUGCCUCCCCAGCUACUGGCAGAGCCACUAGCCCCCCUCCCAUCUCACGGGAAGCUGACAUUGUGGACAGUUCUGCCAGGAGUGACACCACAACCACCAUCACUCCCAUCAGCCGCAGCUCCCCCCACAGCCUGCAGGCUCCAACAGCUGCACCUCCUAUGCGGAGGAGUCCUGUCUCAGAACCCACCAGCACAGCCAAGACAGAGGAGACCUCAACCACAGCCUCCUCUCUUCGCUCCAUACAAAAGGUGCCGGAGCCAAGGCGCCCAUUGUCGGGCACACAUACUGAGGCGGAGGCCCCCUCCUUUGGUUCCCUGUACAAACAACCACCACAGCACAGCUCAAUGGAACCCAAGCCUCCCGGGGUGUCUCGGGUUUCCGCCUCCCUCCCCAGGAGCUACCAGAGAUCGGAUAGCGCACGUCUAACCUCAGUUGUCACGCCAAGGCCCUUCGGGACCCAGUCUACCCGCAUCACCUCACUUCCCCGGGCCUUUACAAUGGAUGACUCUAACAAGCGUGUCAACGGCGGCGUCGAUGUUUCUAAGAAGACGUCUGUGCCGAGCCGCUAUCACCAGUUCAUGACCUCUGAGGAUGAGGCUCACUCCCAGUCCAGCUCAGCCAACAGCAGUGAGGAUGAGGAGGAGCAAGAAGAGACCACAGCAAAAAGUGUCACCUCAACCCAGCAUGUGUCACCUGUCCCAGCUGAGGUCAAGAGUGAAGCUCCAGUCAGUCCUGCUCCAGCCAAAGAUAGCAGCCAGGAGAGCUACUGUGAGAUGCGGAUCAGCCUAAACCAGAAGCCCAACAGCAGCAAAGACUUUGGCUUUCAGGCGACCUGGGAUUCAACUGGAGUUCGCGUCACAUCUAUCUAUCCAGGCAGCCCAGCCGAGAUGUGCCAGCUUCAGGCUGGGGAUGAGGUGCUGACGGUGAACGGGCACCAGGUGGCAGAAAUGAGCUACACAGGCUGGAAGGCUGGCAUGGAGGGGGCCCUGCAAGAGGGCAGUCUGGUCAUGGACAUACGCCGUCAUGGGAAGAACAACUGGGACAGAGAUCAACCUUCCUUGCCAUUUAAAAGCCAUAAGACCAUCAAUCUGACCAGUAUGGAUCAUCCGAUACUUCUAGGUCCCCCUGACACAAAUGCUGUCAACUCCAGCCUGGAUUUCACCUCACGCACAUCCACAGAAGUUCCACCAUCCAAAGAGGCCCCGGCCUACCCAGUUGUCGAUGUGGCUUCAAACGGAGUUAAUGGCAGUUUCCGCGAGGAGCCAGUGACCAUGAGGAACAAAGAAUCAGAACCCAUAUCUUUGAAAAACUUAAAACGGAGGUCAGAGUUUUUUGAACAAGGAGGAUCAGAGUCUGCAGCACCAGAUAUACCUGUUCCUUCAAUCACUCCGGCUUCCAGCCGCUGGUCUUGGGACCCAGAGGAGGAGCGCAGAAGACAAGAGAAAUGGCAGAAGGAGCAGGAGCGCCUCCUACAGGAGAAAUACAAGCGCGACCAGGAGAAACUGCAGGAGGAGUGGCUCAAGGCUCAGCAAGAGAUUACCAAGAGUGGAGACCAACAAGAAAGCCUGGAUGUGAACAGCCACAGCAUCAGCCCACUCUCGCCCCUCUCUCCCGUCAGCCAGCCCACUCCUCCUCCGUGGGAAGAAGAAGAGAAAAAGAGAAAGGAGGAACAAGAGCGCCAAAGGCAGGCAGAGGAGAAGAGGAGGAGGGAGGAGGAAGAGCGAGAGCUUCAGCAUCUCCAGGAGGAGAGGAAGAGGAAAGAAAGGCAGGAGGAGGAGGAGAGGAGGAGGAGGGAGGAAGAAGAGCUGAUAUGGCAGAGGAGGAGAGAGGAGGAGAGGCAAGAGGAGAGGAGGCGACAGGAAGCUGCAGAGCAGCAGCGCAGAGAGCGGCAGCAGUGGGCUGGUAGCUCCAAUGCCUUUGCCAAUGUCCAGCCUGCACUGUCCUUUGCAGACAGGGCAAAGUCCAAAUCAUCUCCCCAGCUGGAUGAAGAGCCUCAGAGGAAAGCGACGAGUGGUGGAGUGGGUGAGAUGUCGGGUCAGCAGCCCGUGUCGCAGGCCGAGCUGGAGCGGCAGCAGAUCCUAAACGAGAUGAAGAAGAAGACUCCGCUGCUGACGGACAGCAGCUGGAUCCGCCAGCGCGCCGUCAACCCUGCCACCAACAAGGAGUCCAACGUGCCAUACAUGCGCAGAGGCGAGUCUCUUGACAACUUGGACACAUCCUACAACUCCUGGCGCUCAUCAUGGACACCCAGGAGCAACUCUCAAAUCCCAAACUACUCUCGGCCUCACUCUGCCCUCUCCGGCAGUACUUCCUUUUAUGGUGGCGGGUCAGGUGGGCGGCCCAGCUCCGCCAUUCUGCCCUCUUCCUACUCCAUGGGCUCCCUCCGAGGCAGGGCAGGAACCCCCUCAUCCCCCUGGUCCCAUCAGUCGCCUUCCCUCUCACCCUCCUCUAUUUCACCCACCACCUCUCCAGAGCCUACAUCUGAGGCUGGUGGCCCUCAGCAGCAGACCAGGUCAGUGAGUGGCAAGAAAAUCUGUACAUUCUGUGACACCCCGCUGGGAAAGGGAGCAGCCAUGAUCAUCGAGUCCCUUGGGCUCUGUUAUCAUUUGGGCUGUUUUAAGUGUAUUGACUGCAAGUCUGACCUUGGAGGAUCAGAAGCCGGGGCUGAAGUCAGAAUACGACACAAGCAGCUCUACUGUAACUCCUGCUACAUGCGAUUCAAAACUGGCCAGCCAACAUCCAUGUGAUGUGACUGUACUCCAGCAGAUUGAUGAAGAGACUACUUGUGACAACAACCCGUGAACAUUGAAGUGAACAUUGAAGCCAUAGCAAAUAGCUGGGACUCCCAACUUUGGACACACUUCCAUUUAUGAUUCUUAAAAAACCGUUUGACUUGCUGAUCAUUUCUGUUUUUACAGUGUGUGAUUGAGAGGGUAAGCUUGCAAGGAAGUUUUUCUCUAAUGUGUUUAUAUCAUAUUAAGUAUUACAGUUGUACAGUGUAAGGGUUCUGCAUGCACCAGAGAUUUCAAUAUUUUAGCCAUGAAACUAGUCAAGCAUUAAAUUGCCUAUACUAUUACAGAGGCAGAUCUUUCCAAUGACCUUCACUGAGGCAGAUUUUAGAGAUACUGGGAGAAGUAUCUAGGAUCAUCUCCUCUUAUUCAUGCUUCUUUUCCUGCAAGUCUUGCAAUAUUAACACGUUUGUUGUCCAAGGUAUUCUUAUAAUGUCUAUGUGCCUUUUUGUUUGUAAGAGGGAGAAGAAAUUAAGAUCAUUAGUAGUCUUUCAAAAUGUAUUUAAAAAAAAAAAAACAUCUGCUUGGAUAUCACUUGUCUGGAGUUUUCGCUUAUAGAUGGAAGAUUGUACACAUAAGCAAGUUUCCAUGUGAAGAAUAUAUCAUUAAGGAAUGGAAUUGAGGCAAACAGUAACAUUUGUAAAUAAAAUGGCUAAAUGCUCA